AUGCCGGGGUCACCUAUCACUCGGCGACUUCACUCGCGAGUGUUGUUCACCACGCCGCACGAAACUGCCUCGCCGUUCGAGGCUCCAUCCCUUGGCCGCCAGGCGAGCGAGGCCGCCGCUGACAGGCAACUGGACGGUGCCGACGACAUGCUUAACGCCGAGGCCCCCAUUAUUCUUAUUGACCCACAUAAAAUAGACGAUUUUAUGCGUUUCCGAUUGAUUUUUGUUGGGAUGCUUCUUUUUAUCAACUCCUCCACGCAGGGACUUCACGCACUUUUCGCCCUUUACAUGGAGAAAGUUUACGCGUAUGACGUGCGCACUAUGGUGAACAUUUAUGCGGCAGGCACGGCCUUUGGCUUGUUUGUCUUUCCGUUUGGGGUCUUGUACGACUACUUUGGACCGAAGCUUGUCAUCGGGGUCGCAACGAUCAUAACGGCGUUGGGCCACCUUCUCUUCGGGCUGACGUUUGCCGGCCACAUUGAGGCCUCGGUGCUACGCUUUUGCAUUUACUUUGCCCUGAUGAACUGGGGUUGCUACGCCUUCGACGUGGCGACCUUGCCCGCCGUGUUGACGUACGCCCCCCGUGACCGAGCUCAGCCGGCGGGGUUGCUGAAAACCUUUUCCGGACUGGGGGCCAGCUUGAUUUCCUGCCUCUUCCGUGGGUUUUUCGACAACCACUUUGACCACCUGAUGUACUUUCUCGCGGCGCUGGUGUUUUUCUUUGGCGUGAUUGGAACCAUCUUCAUCAGCGAUGCCCCGUACAGGAUUAACCGAUGGGAAAAUUCUCGGAUCACGCUGAAGGAGCGGCUACGGCGAUACCUUAUUCGGAAUCGCUAUAUGUCGCAGCUUAUGCCAAAGCGUCGUUUUGCCGUCUUGGCUAUUGUGUUGCUGGUUCUGAAUGUGUAUCUUUCUAUACAAGCUAUUUGCGCGGCGUAUUACCGCGACACAAUGACAGUGGGACAGUACAGGGGCUUAGCUAUUGGCGCCAUUCUCAUUGUGCUCUGUGUUCUCUUCAUGGUGGUGCCGAUCCGCGCGAUUGACGGCCAUACGGAGCAGGAUCAUGCUGUUAUCCAGAAGGCGAGAGAAAAGGAACGUGAGUUGGCAGAAAAGCAAGGGCUGCGUAUGAGAGACUUGAAUGAGGGCAGAGGUGCUGCACGCGAAAGCGCCGAAGAAGACGAGGCGCAGACACGGCAGCAGGCGGAAGACCAGGAUGUAGAGAGCGAGGCGAUUGAGAUAGAAACUCCGUCUGAUAAUGCGUUGGGGCAGGCGUCAUUGCAUGCAAGCGAGUCUGCACUGCCGUAUGGCGGCUCUUCGCAUCACAAGAGCAGCCGAAAGAACGCUGACGAGGAAAGCGACACACAGAGUCGCAACUACCGUCCUGUGGAGCCCGAAGCAAACCUCGUUGAAGCCGAGGGUUUAGUUCCACUGGAGGAGAGCAGCGAAAAUGCGCCACAGCUCACGCAGCAUUGGCUGAAUAACGCCUCUAUACUCUCGAACAUCAUCCCUUCCGGUGCUCCCUCGCGGCAUGGGGACGACGACCACGAGGCCGCUGAGAUGGAUGUCGUCACGCGUGAAGUCUCGACAUACAACCGACCCUACGUUGAGACUAUCACCGUGUGUGGUGAAGUGUUUGUCCCCCCUGUUUAUGAAACAACCUUUUUGCAGAGCUUGACCUACGUGGACCUGUGGCUCCUGUGGUACACCGUGUUCGUCGUAUGGGGUGUGGGUAUGACCCUGACGGCGAAUUGGAACAUCCGGGUCAUGGUGGGCACCAUCUAUACAGGUCUGGACUACAAAACCUAUGUUCUCUUAGCCACCAUGGCGGGCAUCUCCACAGCGUUUGGUCGUGUCUCCAUGGGACCGUUUGAGAUGUUUCUGCUUUACCUUGGAAAAAAGCGCGGUGUCAUGCUUCCCGCCACCAUUGCACUUCCUCUUCCAAGCGCGGUGCUGGCGCUGGCGCUAAUUUUCUACCUGUCCUUUCCUGGCAAUUACUCCCUCAUCGUGGUGUACUUAUUGACCGGCACCGCCUACGGUUUCAGCACCUCACUGACUAUAUAUCUUCUUGGUAUCAUCUUCCGGCAUGACAUCGGGAUGCACUACGGGUUUUGCUGGUUCGGUGCCUCCCUCGGCAUUGUGCUGCUCUACCGCGUGCUCUUUUUCCACGUGUACGACCACCACAAACUUGUGCUCCCCCCCGGUGUUCCUAUCGACACUCACGGCGUUUGCUUGGGGCGGGACUGCAUGCGGACCACGCUGAUUGUUUACCUCGUUCUCGUCGUCUCAUCGAUCGCCGCAGGCUACUGGCUGCACCACCGCUACUGGACGCUGGUUCAAGGCAAAAUGAAGUACAAGCGCGUUAUAACACACUUCGUGAAGAAGCGCAUUCGGCGCAUCAAGGGAAGGAUGCAAAAAGGAGACGCCGCAAAUGGAGGGAAAGCGCAAUAA